AUGAAGUUUGAAAACUGGAAAAAUAGGACGGAAAAAAUUAAAACAUUAGUAGAAAAGAAACAAGUGAAGUUAAUUAUGUCUUGUAGACUACAGGUAUAUAAAGAUAGGCAAAUGGAAUCGUUGUCAUUCUUUCAAGCAUAUGAAUGCAAUCUUCAGUCUGCCCAUUUGUGUUUAUCUAAAACAGAAAAACAAUCCAUUGCUGAAUUUUACCUGAAAACAAACGCUUCUAAGAUCAGUGAAUUGUAUGACAUGUUUGACUGUUUUCCUCUUUUGUGUCAAUUGUACAGCAAAAACUCAAAACUGAACAUUGUAGAUUUCUUUACAAAUCCAUUUACAGUUUACAAAGAAGAGAUAGAUAAAUUACAGAUAGAGGGAGCACAUGUCAAAUACUGUGCACUUGCUCUAUGUGUAAUGUUUAACAAUCAGUUGAAGGAAGAAUGGCUUACUGAAGAUGUGGAUGAAAACAACAAAACAAUUAUAAAGAACACAUAUCGAGCAUGUAAAGUGGUUGCAGGGACGUCACGAUUGGUUUUACGUGAUGAGCUUGAUUCACUCACACAUACAUACAUCAGAAAGGAUGGUGAAGUAUACAGAACUAUACAUGAUAAACUAUUUGACUUUCUUGCUUUUUACUUUGGCAGUGUGAUGAUUUAUUGUUUAAUUAAAAAUGCUAACAGUCGUUUUAUUCGUGAAAGGUUUUCAUUUGAAAGAAAAAGCAAAAAUGAUGAAUUUACAAUUAUUGUACCAACGAGAUAUCAGCAAGGGUAUAUAAACAGAAUGGUAGAUGACUGGUCAAUAGGAAAGGUACAAGAUGUUUUCUGUAACAUCAACAUGGACAAUUGUAUCUUCAGAACACGAUUCCUUCUACAUAUAAAAGACUUGGCAAUACCACAACAAAAACAAUUGUCCAGUUCAUAUGACAUUGAUAACAAUAGUACUCCAUUGAUACAAUGUUGUUUUAUAAGAGAUAUUGAUCUGGUUAAAUGGUGUCUAUGUCAUUGUACCAGUCAUGUUAACCAUUGUCGUAAUACUGAUAAAGUAUCACCUCUUUACAUAUCAUCUGCAUAUGGAUAUAUUGAAGUAGUUCAGAUGUUAAUAAACAAUAAGGCAGACAUUAAUAAGUGUAGAGAUAUUGGAGCAUCACCUCUGUUCAUUGCUUGUCAGAAUGGACAUACUGAAGUAGUUAAGAUGUUAAUAAACAAUAAGGCAGACAUUAAUAAGUGUAGAGAUACUGGAGAAUCACCUCUGUACAUGGCUUGUCAGAAAGGACAUACUAAAGUAGUUCAGAUGUUAAUAAACAAUAAGGCAGACAUUAAUACGUGUGAUAAUGAAGAGUGUUCACCUGUGUACAUUGCUUGUCAGAAUGGACAUACUGAAGUAGUUAAGAUGUUAAUAAACAAUAAGGCAGACAUUAAUAAGUGUAGAGAUACUGGAGAAUCACCUCUGUACAUUGCUUGUCAGAAUGGACAUACUAAAGUAGUUCAGAUGUUAAUAAACAAUAAGGCAGACAUUAAUAAGUGUAGAGAUACUGGAGAAUCACCUCUGUACAUUGCUUGUCAGAAUGGACAUACUGAAGUAGUUAAGAUGUUAAUAAACAAUAAGGCAGACAUUAAUAAGUGUAGAGAUACUGGAGCAUCCCCCAUAUUUAUAGCUUGUUAUAAAGGACAUACAGACGUAGUUAAGAUGUUAAUAAACAAUAAGGCAGACAUUAAUACGUGUGAUAAUGAAGAGUGUUCACCUCUGUUCAUUGCUUGUCAGAAUGGACAUACUGAAGUAGUUAAGAUGUUAAUAAACAAUAAGGCAGACAUUAAUAAGUGUAGAGAUACUGGAGCAUCACCUGUGUACAUUGCUUGUCAGGAUGGACAUACUGAAGUAGUUAAGAUGUUAAUAAACAAUAAGGCAGACAUUAAUAAGUGUAGAGAUACUGGUGGAGUAUCACCUCUGUGCCCAACACGCACUAUCCUUUUUCAUGUUCCAUGGACCGUGAAUUGGGUAAAUAUCUAA